CUCGACCGUGUCACCCAGGAGGUGCUGGCCGCCGUCAUGGACGCCCAGAGGAGCGGGGCGCAGCCCGGGGAGCUGGUCCGGGUGCCCGGUGUCGCUGAAGGGCUGGUGCUGAGCCGGCCCGUGAGCAUGGCCGAGCUGAGCCGGCUGCGGAGGCAGUUCAUCAGCUACACCAAGAUGCAGCCCAGGGAUGAAAACUUGCCCCAGUUGGCCGGCAUGUUCCUGCAGUACCUGAGCCGCAGCAUCCAGUGA